AUGUGGAUUGAUAAUGUAUCGUUGGGACGAACGAGGGUCUUCGCGUUCGCGUUCACGCUUCACGAACAAAACUCCCAGCAAGGGAUAUCGCUGCCCACUGCUGCUGCUUCUGCUAGCAACUCAAAGGACCCGAAGAAACGAGCAAAAGCUGUCGAAGUAUUCUCCCAGCCCAAAGAUACAGGUUCAGGAUUCCAAAAGGGCACACAACUUUCCUAUCUCAUUUCAGCUCUCAAGGAACGAAAAGGUCCCAUUCGACUCGAAGAUCUAGGAGCAUAUGCAAACGUCCCAAAUGUGGAAAACGACCCGGUUCUUGUCAAAGCACUCAACGAACAUGAACGAGUGACCGUAGAUCCCAAGCUAAAACUCUACACGUGGCGGCCCGACUUUCAAGUCAAAGAUAAACAAUCCGUGUUGGCCGAAAUCACUCGACAUGCACGAGGCGGGGCUGGUGUAUCGAUGAAAUCCCUCAAGGAAUCCUGGGCGGGUGCUUUGCAGGCUGUCGAGGAACUUGAGAAGGAGGGCGGCAAGGGGUGGGAAGAGGAUAAAACGACUCCGUCUUUCAACCUCACAAGCCUUGUCGGUCCUUCAUCAUCAUUAUCAUCGAUGGUCCGUCUUUUGUCUCUCUUGCUCUGCGUAGGUGCAGUCUCGGCCCGUCUGCGCAACCCGCACGACCGCCACCGCCCACGUGCGGGACCGCCGUCGAUCGCGCGUUCAUUGGCGGAUGAGCACACGCAUGCACCCCGGGCUCCUGAGCUCCCCAAACGCGCGACGACAAUCAGCUUUGCGAAUCCCAAAGCGGCUCAGUAUCUCGUGGAUGGGACCAAGAUCCCCGAGGUCGACUUUGAUGUCGGUCCGUCCUGGUCGGGAUUGAUGCCGAUCUCUGGGAACGCAAACGAAACGAGAAAGUUGUUCUUUUGGUUCUGGCCUACGACUAACGAGAAGCACACGGACGAUCUUGUGUUUUGGACCAAUGGCGGACCCGGCUGUUCUUCCCUAGAGGGCCUGAUUCAAGAAAACGGACCGUUCACAUGGCCGACGGGUACUGCCAAACCUAUUAGGAACCAAUGGGCGUGGACGAACUUGUCUCAUGUACUCUGGGUUGAACAACCAGUCGGCACAGGAUUCUCACAAGGUGUCCCUAAUAUUACGAACGAGGAUCAACUCGCGGAGCAGUUUGCUGGAUUCUUGGCGCAGUUUCUCGAGGUGUUCUCAGAGCUCAAGGGCAAGAACUUUUAUGCUACCGGAGAAUCCUAUGCUGGGUUUUAUGUUCCUUAUAUUGCAAAUUACCUCUAUGAGCAUCCCAAAGCCGUGGACCUCAAGCUCAAGGGAAUUUGGAUUACAGACCCAUCCGUAUCUUACGACCUCGUUACAGAAUUCAUCCCGGCCGUGAACUUUGCCAUAAAAUGGAAAGACGUUCUCAGCCUCAACUCGUCUUUUAUCUCUCAGAUCCAACAAGUUGGGGACAAGUGCGGCUUCACCGAUUAUUCCAAGAAAUACGUGACCUACCCCCCUGCUGGUCCACUUCCGCUCCCUUCGCAGUCGUACGUUGGAUCUCCGGAUUGGGCGGGCAUUAAAGACGAAUGCGCUACCUGGAUCAUGAUAUACGAAGCUGCAAGCAUGGUGAACCCCAACUUUAACGUUUAUCGUAUUUUCGACGUUUGGCCUGUUCUCUGGGAUGUGCUCGGGUUUCCAGGGAGCUUCGAUAGCCAGCAAGGCCCGAUUUACUUCAACCGUACGGAUGUUCAAGAUGCGAUUCAUGCACCGCAUAUCAAUUGGAGUGAAUGCUCUUCGAUUAACGUAUUUGUCAACGGCACCGAUACUUCUAUACCAUCAAUGCUGAGCGUCAUGCCUAAUGUGAUCGAGAAGAGCGAGCGAACUGUGGUCAUGCACGGUGGCAUAGACUAUGUGCUAAUCGCGGAAGGCACAAGAAUUGCGAUUCAAUCCCGCCACUCUAGAAACAUGACGUGGCACGGUCAGCAGGGCUUUCAGCGACCGAUAGCAAAUGAGAGCUUCAUAAUUGAAGGCUUUGGCAUCCUCGGCGCUAUGCAUCAAGAGAGGAACUUGACAUAUGUCGAAGUCGAUCUUUCGGGUCACAUGAUGCCUCUAUAUGCACCUUGGGCUGCGUACAAGACACUGAGCUACCUUCUUGGAAGGGAGGAGCUUACGGAUCAUACCAAUGAUGCUGCUUUAUACCCAAGCGCAUAUGAGUUGUACGGAUCGGCGUCCAGCAAAAAAGUUGUGAAUCGGCACCGAACGGAGCUUUAA